AUGUAUAGUUUGUACGAGCCGAGUGCAAACAAUGCGAGUGCGGCACGCAUGAGUGAAAGUGGCCAGGCCGUAAACGGAAGUAUGUCCUGGGAGAAUCGCGAGUUAGUCGAGCGGCUGAAUCCGGAUGUGGAAAUGCAAACGCCGUCGAAUGAUACGCUAUCGGUGCCCGCAUUUGACGAUCGUGCAUUGGUCGGGGUUAUUAUCUACGCGUGUGUUUUUAUUGUUUCUUCGGUGGGCAAUCUUACGGUUUUCAUCAGUAUGUGUCGCUCGAAGCGGAGGAAAUCGAGGAUCACGAUGUUGAUUAUACAUCUUGCUGUUGCGGAUCUCAUUGUUACUUUCAUCAUGAUUCCGUUGGAAAUUUUCUGGAGGAUAACAGUGCAAUGGUUGGCUGGAAAUAUCGCGUGUAAAAUAUUACUAUUCCUGCGAGCUUUCGGCCUCUACCUGAGCAGUAACGUCCUGAUGUGCAUCUCACUGGAUCGCUACUUUGCCAUUUUGCACCCGCUGACAGUGACGAAUGCCCGGAGCCGUGGAAAGACCAUGUUGACAUGUGCUUGGUUCGCAUCCUUUGUCUACGCUAUACCCCAGAGCUUCAUCUUCCACACGGACGUUCAUCCGCACUUCGCCAACUUUACGCAAUGCGUUUCGUUCGGCUUCUUCCGGUCGCAGGGGCACGAGAUGCUCUACAACUUCCUGUGCGUCGUGUGCAUGUACUUCCUGCCGCUGUCGGUCAUCGCCGUCACCUACCCUGCAAUCUGGUGGGAGAUACGCAAGAAGUCAGCUGAACGCGCUGGAGGUCGAGCAUCAAAAAACACAGGAUUACGUCGUUCCGAUGACAAAGCGAUCGAAAGAGCAAAAAUACGCACACUACGCAUGACAAUCAUGAUUGUAGUUGUUUUCGUCGUCUGUUGGACCCCUUACGUCGUCCUGACACUAUGGUAUAUGUUCAGUCGAGAUAGCGCCGAACGUAUUACACCUUGGCUCCAAGAGGGCUUAUUCAUGAUGGCCGCCUCGAAUAGCUGCAUGAAUCCGAUCGUCUACGGAUCGUAUGCAAUUGAUUGUCGCGCGAUGUGCUGUCAUCCAAUAUCAAGACGAUCACAUGCAGCACAUUCACAGCAGAUAAAUCAUUCGAAUGGUUCGCGGAAUAUUUCCGCUGCAAAAUUGAAUACGUUACCCCUGAGAAAUCACCUGACAACUAAACAAAGUGAAACUACAUCGGUGCCUCCUAAGACACGAGAUGGCAACGCGCAACACUUCGUCAAGAAUCAUUUGCUUUGCAUCGACUACAUUCCCAUGAUGACGCUUGCAGGGGGUAUGGACCAGCCGCCGCCACAGCCGCAGCCGCCGUCGCCAAUCGAUUGCCAAUCACAGCUUAAAUUAACUUUUUGA